AUGAGGAAGAGUGCUGCUGGCCCUGACCUCCAACUAACUCUUGACCAAGCAAGAGAGGCCCCAACGGACAGCAAGAGACACCAACAGACAGCAAGAGGCACCAACAGACAGCAAGAGGCCCCAACGGACAGCAAGAGACACCAACGGACAGCAAGAGGCCCCAACAGACAGCAAUUAAGAGACACCAACGGACAGCAAGAGGGGCCCCAACGAACAGCAAGAGGUCCCAACGAACAGCAAGAGGUCCCAACUGACGGCAAGAGGGCCCCAACGGACAGCAAGAGGUCCCAACGAACAGCAAGAGGUCCCAACGGACAGCAAGAGGUCCCAACUGACGGCAAGAGGGCCCCAACGGACAGCAAGAGGCCCCAACGCACGGCAAGAGACACCACCUGGGGAUCCCCCCAAGCCAAGGACACGAGCACCAGCGGGGGCCCUGAAGGCAGCCGACCGGCGUCUCCCAAAGUUCACAGUAACGCCCCCAACCCACCACCCACUCCAAGCCGUCUACCUCAAGUCCAUUCAGAACUCUUGCUCUUCACCUCCAUCCCCUCCCCUUCCGCCUCCUGGAACAUUAUCAUAAAAGUUCCGUUCAAGGAAACUGUUUCUGAUGCGACUAUUCGUGAGGACGCGGCUAGUCGUGAGGACGCGGCUAGUCGUGAGGACACGGCUAGUUGUAAGGACGCAACUAGUCGUAAGGACGCGACUAGUCGUAAGGACGCGGCUAGUCGUAAGGACGCGACUAGUCGUAAGGACGAGACUAGUCGUAAGGACGCGGCUAGUCGUAAGGACGCGGCUAGUCAUAAGGACUCGACUAGUCGUAACGACUCGACUAGUCAUAAGGACGCGGCUAGUCGUAAGGACGCGGCUAGUCGUAAGGACGCGACUAGUCAUAAGGACGCGACUACUCGUAAGGACGCGACUAGUCGUAAGGACACGGCUAGUCGUAAGGACGCGACUAGUCGUAAGGACGCGACUAGUCGUAAGGACGCGACUAGUCGUAAGGACGCGACUAGUCGUAAGGACGCGACUAGUCGUAAGGACGCGGCUAGUCGUAAGGACGCGACUAGUCGUAAGGACGCGACUAGUCGUAAGGACGCAACUAAUCGUAAGGACGCGACUAGUCGUAAGGACGCGGCUAGUCGUAAGGACGCGGCUAGUCGUAAGGACUCGACUAGUCGUAAGGACGCGACUAGUCAUAAGGACGCGGCUAGUCGUAAGGACGCGACUAGUCGUAAGGACGCGACUAGUUGUAAGGAUGCGACUAGUCGUAAGGAUGCAACUAGUCGUAAGGACGCGACUAGUCGUAAGGACGCGACUAGUCGUAAGGACGCAACUAAUCGUAAGGACGCAACUAGUCGUAAGGACGUGACUAGUUGUAAGGACGCGGCUAGUCGUAAGGACACAGCUAAUCGUAAGGACGCGACUAAUCAUAAAGACGUGACUAGUCGUAAGGACGCAGCUAGUCGUAAAGAUGUGACUAGUCAAAAGGACGAGGCUAGUUGUAAGGACACAGCUAAUCGUAAGGACGAUGCAUCUUAA